CAGGUCGUUCGUCAGUCGACUUUCUCUCCAUCCACAAAAUGUCGGCCGUCACACCAGUCAACCCCCGCCCGUUCCUCCAGGACCUGACCGGCAAGACGGUCACGGUGCGGCUCAAGUGGGGUCUCGAGUACCGCGGCUUCCUCGUCUCGACCGACGGGUACUUCAACCUGCAGUUGACAGGUACCGAGGAGAUUGAGAACGGCAAGUCGAACGGCCAGCUCGGCGAGGUCUUCAUCCGGUGCAACAAUGUGCUGUAUAUUCGCGAAGCGAAGGAUUAAGACAACACGAGGGCUAGAAGACUGGACUGGACGAGCGCGCAGACGACCACGCGCAGUGUAUAUGACUGCACAUCUCAUGUCAUGAUAUCCAUGUGCUAUGUUG